AAUGUCUCCCUUCCCCUUUCUCUCCCUCCCUCCCGAAGUCCGCCUCCAAAUCUACCACUACUUGAUCCCCAACAUCCCAGUUCGCAACUUCUCCCUGAUCCGCAACAAAAAGCCCCCCUCAGACGAGACGGGAAACCGUGCUGCCCCGCCCUCCUCCGCACCAACCAUGCAAUCCACAACGAAGCCAUCCGCGAAUGGUACAGCGCAGCGUCUUACGAAGUCAUCGUCGAUGCGAAAUACAUUCUCUUCUGCGGCAAAAUUUUAGCCCCCUAUGUCCCGCUUCCGUCUACGAUCCGCUACGUCACAACCAUGCACCUCUGCAUCGCGCUGCAGCGCACUCCCUUACAUCUCCUUCGGCCCGAGGCCACCGCACCACUCGAACACCUCCUGGGUUUCCAGGAUCGACUUGUGACACUGGCGAAGGGAAUCGGGGACCCAGUUGGGCGGAGGCUCAGGACGCUCUUGGUGGAGAUUGAGGUUGAUGUGCCGCUGCUGUUGAGCUUGAGUAAGACGCCGGCGGAGCUGCUGGAAUUGCUGCGGUGGAAUUUGGAUCCAGUCAGGCAGAACGUAAGGGGAGUGGAAGUUGUUAAGUGGGAGGUCAAGGAGCAGAGUUACGGAAUACAGAGUCGGGAGUUUCUGGCAGCCUAUGGGGAGUUGAGGACGGUCAUGCAUCGGUUUUUGGAGAAUAUGAGGGAGGAGAUGGUAUCCGACGAGGAUGAAUUGGUUUGA